AUGAUAGUCAAUGUUCCUGCGAUCCCUAAUGUUCUCCCCAUUGUCCCACUUAAAAAUAAGGUGAUAUUCCCUGGCGUAGUCAGGCGCUUAGUAAUAGGGAGGAAAGAGACAGUCUCUUUAAUGCGAAAAAUAUACAAAUCACUGGAUAGCCAAGAGAUUGAAUAUGUUGGAUGCGUUCCCAUUAAUCCACCGCAAAGUACGAUCGAAGACGAUACUGAAAAGAACCAGUCGAAAGCUGACAUAAUAGCUCCUCCAAUUCGUUCCAAGAAUUUGAAUCCACCGGAAAAAGUAAUAGACGCAGUGUUCAGCCAGAAAACACGACCAGAAGAUUUGCAUCCUUUCGGUUGUGCGGUGCGAAUUGUUAGGCUUGAGAGGACUGUGGGCGAGGGGUUUGUGGCUGUUGUGGAAGGUAUUGCACGGAUCAAGGUAGAUAAGUAUGUGUCUGAAAGCCCUUACUUGGAAGCAGAAGUCACUGUAAUUCCCGAACCAGAACUUUCGCAAGACGAUCAAGAACUCCAGGAACUGGCCAUAACUCUAAAAUCUACCGGCCGCAAACUUCUGUCUACUUUUCAUGAUCUGAGACUUCCAACACCCUUUCUAACUCAGCUCCAGAAAUUCAUAGAGAAUGCGUCUGUAGGUUCAUUAGCCGAUUCGCUAGUCACGGCCAUUAAUUCUACAUUCAAGGAAAAGUUACAGAUUCUUGAUGCUGUUGAUUUAAAGACGCGAAUGUUGCGAGCAAUUGACAUGUUAACGAGACAAAUACAGAUUUUGAAAAUAUCGCAAAAGGUUCAUUCUACUGUCGAAGGACAACUUAGUAAGAAACAGAGGGAAUUCUAUUUGAGGCAACAACUUGAUGCAAUCAAAGAGGAGCUUGGUGAGAAAGAUGACCCGUCGAACGAGGAGGACGAUGUAGUUGACCUGACAAAACGACUAAAGGAAGCAAGUCUCUCUCCCGAAGCCGAUAAAGCAGCACAGCGUGAGCUCAAACGUUUGAAACGUAUGCAUCCAACUCAAGCCGAAUACCAGGUAGUUCGAGCAUACCUGGAAUGGUUGAGUGAAAUCCCAUGGAACAAGUCAACCACAGAUAUUCUCGAUAUUAAAAUUGCCGAAAAGCAACUAAAUGAUGACCAUUAUGGCUUGGAAACAGUAAAAAAACGCGUCUUGGAAUACUUGGCAGUGCUAAAGCUAAAAGAUGACAUGAAGGGACCGAUAUUGGUCCUGGUGGGUGCUCCGGGUGUGGGGAAGACGUCUUUGGGGAAAAGCAUUGCAAACGCACUUGGGAGAAAGUUUCACAGAAUUUCUUUGGGUGGAGUAAGAGAUGAAGCAGAAAUUAGAGGGCACAGACGGACUUAUAUCGGAGCCAUGCCAGGAUUGAUUGCACAAGGAUUAAAAAGGGUCGGUGUUAAUAAUCCAGUGUUUUUAUUGGACGAAAUCGACAAAGUUGGUCAUUUAAGCCAUCAUGGUGACCCCUCAGCUGCGCUUCUUGAGGUCCUCGAUCCAGAGCAAAACAACAGCUUCAACGAUCAUUAUCUCAACGUUCCACUCGAUCUCUCCAAAGUUCUUUUCAUUGCCACGGCCAACCAUCUCGACUCGAUCUCACCACCACUACUGGAUCGUAUGGAACUUAUCUCAUUAUCCGGAUACACAUUCGACGAAAAAGUGAACAUUGCUCAGAGACAUUUGCUUCCAAAACAGAUAAAAGCGCAUGGGAUGGCACCAGAAGACGUUAAAAUCUCGAAUGAACUAUUAUUUGCCAUUGCCACAGGCUAUACUAGGGAGGCGGGAGUGAGAAACUUUGAGAGAGAGGUUGCUAGUAUUUGUAGGGCAAAGGCCGUUGAAUAUGCUGAUGCAAGGGAUAAUGGAGAGUUAGCAGCUUACCGGGCAGAAGUUUCCAAGAAAGAUAUAGAAGAGAUUCUUGGAGUAGCAAAAUAUGAUGACGAAGUGGCUGAACGGACGUCACUACCUGGUGUUGUAACUGGACUUGCUUGGACAGCAUCCGGGGCUGGCGGUAUUCUGUUUAUAGAAGCCACGCAGAUGGCUGGAAAGGGUAACCUCCAGCUUACAGGUAAAUUGGGUGAAGUAAUUAAAGAAUCUGCCCAAAUAGCACUAUCUUGGGUCCGCGCUAAUGCUUAUAAAUUGGGGAUCAUAUCUGCUUCAACCGAGUUUUCCUUUUUUUCGGAACGCGAUAUUCAUAUCCACUUCCCAUCGGGCGCAGUUCCUAAAGAUGGCCCAUCUGCCGGCAUUGCUCUUCUCACUGCACUGGUUUCCCUCUUUACAAAGAGGACAGUGCCCACAACCACUGCUAUGACAGGAGAAAUCACUCUCCGUGGACAAGUCCUUCCGGUAGGAGGAAUCAAAGAAAAGAUUAUCGCUGCGCAUAGGGCUGGUAUUACGCGGGUUAUUCUGCCUUUGAGGAAUAUGAAAGAUGUUGAGGGAGAUGUUCCGGUGAAUAUUAAAGAAGAGAUCAAAGUAGUAUACGUGAAGAAGGUUUGGGAUGUAUUAGAAGCUGCGUUUGAUGACUGGAGGACAGAGAAUGUUGUGAUAGAGAGUCGGCUGUGA